AUGCACCCGACUCUCAACUAUAGACACUCCCGGCGCUCUGCUUGUGACAAAUGCCGCGGGCAGAAGCUGCGCUGUGAGCGUGGUCAUAUGAAUGGCAUGUCUUGUGAACGCUGCCUCAAGGCUCAACAGCCGUGCAUCACCAGUAUGAAUCAUCCGGCGCCUGUUUUCCUUCCUAUUCAUCAUGCUCAGGGCCUUGUUCAGAGAGACAGUGAUGAUCGGAUCUUUGGCUAUAAUCACGAUGCGAUAUCUAUGAUCCCAAAGCCAUCCACUUCAAAAGGAACAAGCGUAGUUCUACCAUCGUCUACGAACGCGGGCUUGUCAAACUCGCUACAGUCAAACUUCUUGGAUGAUCAGCUUCCACUUCAAUAUCUCCCUGGUGACACACCGUUUCCGUCGCCUGAAGAUUUAGGCUUAGGCAUGCCGCUAGAUAUUCGGGUCUAUCCCACUUCCUUUGAACCGUGGGGUCAACAGCCUCACUGGUUGAACGGGAAUUAUAACCUGCCUCUUUUGGAGAGCGCCUUACCAGAGCUGACACAUCAGUACAGCGAUGAAUCUCUUUACUCGCCGGUUCUUGGUACCGAUAUCUCAAUGGAAGCCACCAACGAAAGCAUUAACACCAGUGAACUGUCUUUACUAAAUCAGCUUCCCAGCUAUUCAGAAACGGCACAGUUCUUUGGAGCUGAAGGUAUUCCUGAAUCUUUUUGGAGUAACUUAGACAGUCUCCCAAGCCCGGUUGGAUUUCGACCUGGAGUACCCUGUCAAGAAAAGCCCACCUCCGUCCCAAGUAGACGAAAAGAGCUUUUGAAACUGAAUGCCGAGCUUCUGGAUGAUCUAGAUAUGCUUGAGGAGGAUCACGUUGCCCUGUCGUCCGAAUCACUGCUCAACGACCUGUUUAACCCAUCCGUCACGCACCUGAAACUUCCAGUGUAUCGAUUACUCCAUCAUUCAUCCCACCUGUUGGAAAUUAUUCAAUCAUUUGAUAUCUCACCUGAAUCUUGCAAUAAUACUCCAGCCAAGUCGAUAACCGAUAGUCUCCCUCGCGGACAGGAAGGUUCCACUUCAAUGUUUCACGAUGUUAGUAACAACUCGGACGAAUAUGCAACUACAAUAUCCUUGCAUGACUCGGGCUACGGCACUGCAAUGAAAUAUUUUCCAGAUCGAAGCAUUACCACUUCAGGCCCGAAAUGUGAUAUUGCAGUAUUGUUAAGCGUGUUGGAAGCACAUUGCUAUCUGACCCGAAUCUACCGCACGAUUUGCCUUCGGUUGUACCAACUGUUUCUCUCUGUUCCUCCUGUGGAUGCGAAAGUAUAUCUGCUAUUACCAAAGCUUCAGCUUGGACACUUUCAUAUGGAUGGCAACCUCGCUGUCCAAGUCCAGGUUCUGCUUGAUCUUGGCUCUAGGGCAAUGGGUCAGAUCGACGAACUUCUAGGUUUUUCGUCCGGCUAUAUUCAGAAACAUGAGCAGACGGAAUCUUAUUCCCCUGGGGCUAUUGGGAAAGGCAACUGGUCAACUGCGAUCCGGGAUCUUGUUCUGGCGCAGGAGCAAGAUGCGUGCGAAAUGACCCUGGUGGAUCUGAUGCAACGUUUACGGCAACUUGUGCGAGAUCCUGUUUUUCUUUAA